AUGAAUCCUACAAUACCUGAGGGCGGUUUGAAUGAUAUUGUUGAGGAUCCAUCGGAAGUGGGUGAUGAAGGAUACAUUGACGAUGAAGAGUUUGAUGAAACAUUACCGGUGGAUGAAAAUAAUGCAACAGCGCUAAGUGACUCGAAAGAACAACAACAUACCCGUCCACCAACAACAAGAUCAUUAAUGUCAUCUGGUCGAUCGUUUACAAAGGAUUAUCGACGAAUUCGACGUAAUCGACCAUUAAUAACUGGUUUAAAAAAAGAUCCAGCAAUUGAGGCAAUUAGAGAAGGACGACAAUCUGUUGUUGAAAACGCCUAUACUCGUUUAUCACGGAAUGCAACUACAGCAGGACAAAGUGGUAGACCAUCACAACAAUUACGUAUGAGCGUCGUCGAUAUAAAACCAUCACAAGGUACAAAUGAUCUAUUAAAUAAUAUUUUAAAUAGACGUCAAUCUGUAGACAGUUCAAAAGUUAUCUCCUCAAUUCAGAAACCAUUGUUAACUUUGCAACAACAGGAUAUGUUUAUGGAUGAUAAUUUCAAUAAUGCGAGCAUUGAUUCAUCAGAUAAAAGCGGUAUUCAAAUAUACGAAGAAACAUGUAAACGUUUGAACGUUGUUUCAUGUUCAAGAAUAAUUCAAAGUUUAACCACAUCAUCAUUAAAUUUGUCUAAUUAUGGCUUGGGAAAUCGUGGUUGUCAAGCAUUGGCAGUUGCUUUAAUUCGUAAUACAACAAUAACAUCAUUAAAUUUAGCGGGAAAUAAUAUUGGUAGUAAAGGCAUGUCAUAUUUAUAUCAAAUAUUAACAGAAAAUACGUUCAUUGAAGAUUAUGAUUUAUCAUAUAAUAAUCUUGGUACGAAAGGUAUUCGAAAAUUAGCAAGUUCAAUGUUAGAGUGUGUACAUUUAAAAUCAUUGAAUAUUGCUGGUAAUGGUUUACACGCGUCAGAUAUCAUAAUUUUGCUUGAUGAGUUGGAAGAUCAUCCAAAUUUAAAAAAUUUAAAUUUGAGUCAAAAUGAUAUUGAUGAAAUGGGUGGAAAAUAUGUAGCAAAAUGGCUAAGUGAUAAUAAUGUAUUGUUAAAUUUGGAUUUAAGUUGGUGCAGUAUUCGAUUGGAAGGUGCAGAAGCAAUUGCCAAUGCCAUCGGAGACAAUAAUAAACUUAUUUCAUUGAAUUUAUCAUACAAUAGUUUUAAUAAUGAUUCGAUUGCUAUAAUUGCUAAUUCAUUAAAACGAAAUGUUACAUUACAACAAUUAAAUUUAAAAGGGAAUCGUUUAACGGCUAAAUAUGAUCUAAAUAUUAGAGAUGAUCCAAAAUUAAUAUUGAAAAUGGAAUUAUAUGAAUUGAUACUAGCUGCAGCAACCAACCAAGCAUUAAAAAUUCUCAGACUUGGUCGUAAUCACAUUGAUGGAAAGUGUUUAAUUUAUAUGUUAGAUAAUUUAUCAAAAUUAGAUAAUAUCACAUUAGAUGAACUUGAUUUAACCGAAUUGACAAUUAAUAAGACUCAAUCAGACAUUCAAUUAUUAUUUAAAGCACAUUCAAAAUUUCGAUGUUUAGUUGGACCUGUAAAAAAGAGUGAACAACAAAUGGCUAAGGAACAAUUAAAUUUACUUAAACAAUAUUGUGAUAAAGAAAAAAUUAGUUUUCAAGAAUUAUUUAUUGGAUCGGCACCAGCGGAAAAUGUAACAAUUACUUAUGAACAAUUUCGUGAAGGAAUAAAGAAAACUCAGAUUCCAUUAAUUCCAUUAGAAAUCGAAGAAUUAAUUCAAUUUCUUGACAAAGAUGAUACUAGUCAAAUUGAAUUGAGGUAG